AUGGUGACCCACACAGAGUCCAGGCAGCCCAGCAGCUUCAGAAAGGUUUCUAAACCAUUAAUGGAAAAGAAAAGACGAGCCAGAAUCAACGUAUCCCUGGAACAGCUCAAGUCUCUUCUGGAGAGGAAUUAUUCCCAGAAUAUCAGAAAACGCAAACUGGAGAAAGCAGACAUACUGGAACUAACAGUGAAGUAUCUGAAGACCCUUCAAAGUUCUGUACAAGCAGCUGGUCCCAUCAUCAGAAGUGCUGAGUACCAGGCUGGAUUUAGGAAUUGUCUGAACAGUGUCAACCAGUUUCUGAUGAAGUCAGAGGACUUUGUUCCUCCUGGUCCCCUGGGUCUGGUCCAGGAUGUAUGUACACUUCUGCCUCCUGCUAAUAUAACUGGGUUCAGGACCAAGGACAGCAUCAUUUGCAGUACAUCAUCUCCAACCAUCAUCACCAGGGAUCACCUGCUCUCUGCUAACCUGAGCCAACCUGGCACUGUGAAUCUACCCAUCAAGCUCAAAUCAGUGCCCCUCCAUCCAUCACCAUGCCAAGCAACCGGUGGUCCUACCCAGUCUGUAUCACCAAGUCUUAGUCCCAUUGUAUCGGCUACUGACAGCAACAGAGGUCCAGCUCAGAGUGUGUGGAGACCCUGGUGA